UGAUUUCUCUCCAAUUUCCGGGCCUGAUCUCUCACCUACUUCCUUUUUCUGACACUGACCUCUCAAUUUUUGGCGACUGAACUGUAGCCAUUUAACGGAUCUUGGGCCUAUUUCUCCCCUCCAUAGAUUCGGAUUCUGCGAUAAUUCUAUUUCUCCGAAAUUCUGCGGACGCAGAUUCUGUGGUGUCCGCAGAUUCUGCGGUCUAUUUUUCCUUUAUUCGUUCAAAAAGGUCAGUUUUCUUUCUUCCUCAAUUUCACUUAAUUUUCCCUGUGGACUCAAUCUUCCGUGCUCAUUCGAUUUUCACAAAUGGGUGAUCCCGUUGAUUUCAAUUUUGAUGACAUCGGAAAGAAAAACCUACUUAAAAUACCCUUUUCAAUUCUUUUUAACCCUCUUUAAAUAAGAAACAAACCGAUAUCUACCCUAAUCAUUACAUAGCCCUACCUAAAUACCCUCUUCAAUUCUUUUUAUCCCUCUUUAAAUCCCACGAUUUUCCUCUUUAUGCCCUGUUAUCAUUCUUUGCCCCCUUAAUCCAAUGAAAUCUCCACUCUCUUGUGGAGAUCACUCAAAUCCCCCUUUUUCCUUGGAUUAUACCUAUAAACCCUAUAUAUCCAUCUUAAUCCCCUUAAAUCCCUUUUUAUGUUUUUUGUUCUUGCAUACUCUUUUUCUAUUCUUAUCCCCAUGUUAA